CUCCUACAGCACAGCCUGGAGCCUGACUCCUGUAGACUCUGGAAGAAGUGCAGUCACAGAACGCUCCAUGGUGAAGGGUUGUCAGAGGAGGAGGACACGUCCGACCCCAGGUUCCUACAAUAUAGCACCAGCUCAGUGGAUAUCUUUUAUAUAGAUUCUUCUCCUGAUUGACCCAACAAGAAUGGACAGGGACAAGAUGGCAGAGAGUAUAAUAAAUCUCACCCUAGAGAUCCUCUUCCGUCUUACUGGAGAGGACUACACAGUAGUGAAGAAGACCUCUAGUGAGCGCUGUCAGGCCCCUGUGUCUGAAGGAUGGGGAAGAACCCUGAGCUCAAUCAUGGGGCCUCCGCCUCACCCCCUGAUACAUGAGGAAAUCAGUAGAGAGAAGAUCCUAGAACUCGCCAACAAGAUGAUUGAGCUGCUAACUGGAGAGGUUCCUAUAAGGUGUCAGGAUGUCACCGUCUAUUUCUCCAUGGAGGAGUGGGAGUAUUUAGAAGAACACAAAGAUCUGUACAAGGACCUCAUGAUGAAGGAUCACUGGCCUUUCACAUCUCUAGUUAAGGAAGAGACAAGAACACCGGAGAGAUGUCAGAGUCCUCUUCUUCCACCGGAUGGUUCAGAAGAACAUCACAAUGUCCCAUGGGAUGAUCAGCUUGUGAAUCCGGGUGACGAUCUGAACAAUAUUAAUCCUACAGAGACAUAUGUGAGGGGCGAUGAGCAGAGCAUAGAGGACAUUCCUACAGAUAACCGCCCAGAUGACUGUACGAGGCUCUUAGAGAAACAUCUUAUAUCCUCAGAUUUUGAAGUAUCUGAUCAUGGUAUCACACGUGAUACAUAUGAAGAACAUACCAUUCACAGCAAAAAUAUACCACUUGAUCCUUUCAAACAGGUCCAAUCUUCUGAUUCAUCACAGACUGUAACACAAAAUAAAAGUCAAAGAAGAGGUGUUAAACAUCAAACCGGUCACAUAAAAAAGGAGCCAUUUUCAUGUUCAGAAUGUGAGAAAUGUUUUAACCAGAAAUCAGAUCUUAUUAGACAUCAGAGAAUUCACACAGGGGAGAUGCCGUUUUGUUGUUCAGAAUGUGGGAAAUGUUUUAAGCAUAAAUCAUAUCUGGUUGUGCAUCAGAGAGUUCACACAGGGGUGAAACCGUAUUCGUGUUCAGAAUGUAGUAAAUGUUUUAGAUAUAAAUCUGAACUUGUCCCACAUCAGAGAACUCACACAGGGGAAAAUCCAUUUUCUUGUUCAGAAUGUGGGAAAUGUUUAAGGCAGAAAUCAGAUCUUAUUAUUCAUCAGAGAAUUCACACAGGGAAGAGGCCAUUUUCAUGUUCAGAAUGCGGGAAAUGUUUUAAUCGUAAAAGUGUUUUUGUCAGACAUCAGAAAAAUCACACAGGGGAGAAGCCAUUUUCAUGUUCAGAAUGCAGUAAAUGUUUUAACCAGAAAUCAGAUCUUAAUGUACAUCAGAGAAUUCACACAGGAGAAAAGGCAUUUUCGUGUUCAGAAUGUGGGGAAUGUUUUAGGCAUAAAUCAGCUUUGGUUGUACAUCAGGGAAUUCACACAGGGGUGAAUCAAUUUUCAUGUUCAGAAUGUGGGAAAUGUUUUAAGCAUAAAUCAGCUCUUCUUAGACAUGAGAGAAUUCACACAGGAGAGAAGCCAUUUUCAUGUUCAGAAUGCGGGAAAUGUUUUAACCAGAAAUCUGCUUUUGUUAUCCAUCAGAGAAUUCACACCGGGGACAAGCCAUUUUCAUGUUCAGAAUGUGGGAAAUGUUAUAUCCAGAGAUCAGAUCUUAUUGUACAUCAGAGAAUUCACACAGGGGAGAAGCCAUUUUCAUGUUUAGAAUGCGGGAAAUGUUUUAACCAGAAAUCGGCUUUUGUUACACAUCAGAGAAUUCACACCGGGGAAAAGCCAUUUUCAUGUUUAGAAUGUAAGAAAUGUUUUUAUCAGAUAUCACAUCUUGUUAUGCAUCAGAGAAUUCACACUGGAGAGAAGCCAUUUUCCUGCUCAGGCUGUGGGAAAUGUUUUAUCCAGAAAUCAGAUCUUAUUGUACAUCAGAGAACUCACACAGGAGAGAAGGCAUUUUCAUGUUCAGAAUGCGGGAAAUGUUUUAAGCAUAAAUCAUCUCUGGUUGUACAUCAGGGAAUUCACACAGGAGUAUAUCUAUUUUCAUGUUCAGAAUGCGGGAAAUGUUUUAACCAGAAAUCGUCUUUUGUUACACAUCAGAGAAUUCACACAGGGGAAAAGCCAUAUUUAUGUUCAGAAUGUGGGAAAGGUUUUAAGAUGAAAUCAGCUCUGGUUGUACAUCAGAGAAUUCACACAGGGGAGAAGCCAUUUUUAUGUUCAGAAUGUGGGAAAUGUUUUAACCAGAAAUCGGCUUUCGUUAAACAUCAGAGAAUUCACACCGGGGAAAAGCCAUAUUUAUGUUCAGAAUGUGGGAAAUGUUUUAGUAAGACAUCAGCCCUGGUUAAACAUAAAAAAACUCACAAAUAAGAGAAGACAUCUUCAUGCUUAGCUUGUUAGUGGCCGCCAUUACGUGUUUUAAUGGUGGUCACUAACUGGCUUUAUUCCAAAACAUACUCCUUUUUACAGGGAGCUAAAAUAUCACCUACCAGGGCUAACUAAGGGUUUAGCGCAAUGAUCAGUGCCACUGUAAAGGUCCCCAAACACACAUGGUCUACUGUAUUGAAUGAAUACCGAUCAACUGACAGAUCCAUUUAAAAGUGAAAGUAAGUUUUCUUAGAUACAUAAAUGUUCUCUAAAGAAAAAUGUUUGGUGAGAAGAAAUAAAAAUAAAUAAAAAUAAAAUAAAGUUUCUUAAAGACACCACCAUACAUCAUAAAUCUAUGGGAGUAGUGUAUCUUUCAACCAUACCUGGUGAAGUACAAAACCAGGGCCUGAUGUGUGUGUAAUAUAUAUAUAUUUAUAUUAGGGCUGCACGAUAUGGGAAUUUUGUGCGAUUGCGAUUAGGGCCCUAAAAAUUUCGAUAUUUUAAGGGAAUUGUGCUAGAGGUCUAUUUGCUUGGAUUUUCAAUGCAAAAUCACACACAAAUUACUGAUAAUGAUGAAAUGUAGUUUUGCUUAACUCCAGAACUGAAAUGCACAGUGUUUUUCAAAAUAAAACAUAUUUUACUAAAUUAAAUAACAUAUUUGCAAUACUGCAAAAGUACAAAAUACAAAACUUGUCAUUUUCUUAAUAGCACUGCACAGAACAUAUAAAUAAAAUAGAAUAAAUAGAAGAACAUUUGUUCAUUAAAAUAACGACUUUCCUCCAGCCCCUCCUCCCUCCCUGCACUGUAACUCAUGUAUCGCCAGCCGCGCUGUGCAGCAUAGCGGCCGGCGAUACAUCCGUGUCAGCCACGUAAAAAGUCAACCAUCGCUUUUUGGGGGAAAAAGUUUGUCUUAUAAAGCGAAAAAUAUGGUAAUAUA